CCGUUAUUGACUGGCCAUGGAGACGUCACAGCACACCUUCAUCCCUGAGUCGGGGCUGCCCACACAACGACGCCGAAAAGCACGUCUGGCUUGCACCCCCUGCAGGGCACGCAAAACCGGAUGCGAUGGCAAAAAGCCAGUGUGUACGGCAUGUUCACUCAGGGGUUGGGAAGACAAAUGCAGUUACCCAGAUACUGUGAUGCAGGCGUCUACAGCACUAGCAUUGGUUGAGCUUGAACGCCGGCUCCAAAAACUCGAGAACGGGGCCCGAGCAGAUCCCAGCCCGUCCCGGCAGUCUGCUGCGGAGGCGACACCACCUGCUGAUCCGACAUCCGGCCCUGCCGCUGCGCGGGUUCAUGACCAAGACAUCUUCGCGACCGACCACCCGACGACGGCGCUAAGCUCGACGUUUUUAUGUCAAGGCCUGGAAGCAGCAGGCUCACGUCGCUCUCACAGCCCAUCUGCUGAGUCUGACACGUCUGCACUCGAUUCCCCUAUGUUCCCGUCACUUGUAUGCUUUUCCACUCAGACGCAGGAUCAGUCUGGAGAUGAAGUCGAUUUGCGCGCCAUGGUCCUCCCUCCGCGGCAGUUCGCUGACGAUCUUCUACGCUGGUACUGGCAACACAUCCAUUCCGUCUUCCCCUUCCUUCAUUGGCCCAUAUUCGAGUCCAAGUAUCGGUCGCUGUGGGAGCAACAGGCAGCGCCUACUACUAGCCACCCGUUCGAUGUCGUCUUGACUUAUGCAACCGUGAACAUGGUCCUGGCACUGGCAUAUUACAGGACCGAGACCGUAUCCCUCGAGCAAAGACAAUGCCACGCCGACGAGUUCUACAACCGCUCGCUGCGGCUCGUCUCGGCUGAAACUCUGGACACAUCGUCAAUUGCCAUUGUGCAGCUGCUGCUCCUCCGAGCGUGGUACCUGUACUUCUCAGGAAAAGCAGAUCGCUGCUGGCUCGUUUCCGGGGCUGCAACGCGCAUGGCCAUUGGACUCGGUCUUCACGCACCGCCUAAGCGGCAUCUUAAUCAACUGGACCGAGAGAUGCGUUACAGGGUUUGGUAUGGCGGAUGUGUCGCUCUUGAUCAGAUCAUCACAAACACGUUCGGCAGGCCGGGGAUGAUCGUUCCCGGUCUGACUCAUAUACCGCCGCCCUUGGCUAUCGACGAAGAAUAUCUGUCGACGACCGAGGAGGGACGCCAGCCAGAGGGACUCCCUUCGCGCAUGGACAUGAACAUUUACUCGAUGAAGAUUCUAGAGAUUAUGGAGGAAAUGCGAGCAGCAGCACGCGCGCCGCAACUCAAACUCAAACAGUCGGAACACGAAGUAUUGGUACCCGACCCCGGCGUCCUCCUGCGGCUGAGCUCCAAGAUCGACGACCUCCUUGACGGCGUGCCGCCGCACCUGCGCCUUGAGGCCGAUUACUCCCAGUGGGCGCUACAGGAGGACGAGGUGACGUGCUUUCGAAUUCAGGGUCACGCACUUCGCUUCCGACUGUUGCUCUUACGGCUGUUCCUGCUCCGUCCCUCCCUCCUCGCCGAGGCGCAACGCUGGACCACAGCCAGGACCGCCGCGACGCAGACGGCGUCGAUGAUGCUCCAGGAGAGGUUUCACCAGGAGGCAUGCUCACUCUGUCUCGCGGCGGUACACACCAUCCUGGAGGAGGUCCACAGAAGUCUCACAACGAACACGGGUAUUUCGGCGUGGUUCGCGUUGCACUUCACCUUUGCCUCGGCCACGGUCCUCCUCGUCGCGACGCUCUCCCCGAAUCUCGGUGUCAGCCUGGACACUGAGCCAACCAAGUCCUCUUGGGACCGAGCGAUGGCUAUUCUCAAUCAUCAUAAACGCACCAUCGCUUCUGUCACCCAGGGCAUGGAGAUCCUCCGGCGAUAUCGCGAUUCCCUUGCCCGACGAGCCGCUGCAAGAUCAGGGACUUGUGCUUCGACGAAUACUGGUACAAUCCCAACUAUCACGCUCCUCCCGAAUUUUCAGGCGCAAGAACAUCAUGGCCAGCAACUGCACGAGUCGCAGAGCUGGGAACACUCCCAACCGGUUCCGGUGCCGCCCACGGCGGGUACGGGGCUGAUGGAGGGCUUGGAUGAAUUCCUGACGUCGGAUUCCUUGGACGAAGCAUGGUUGGUCAACCAGGACUUUGGCCAAGGGGAUUGGAUGUUGCAUUUUUGAUCCGCUUGCUGGUAUGCAUGGGAACGAUCGGCCCAUCGGGGAGGUCCGCGGAUGAUGGCUGGGAUGUUUCGGGUUUGGAGGUUGUCAAAUUUACCUGAUAGGUAAAGUAUUCCUGUAACCUGACCAACCUCCUCAAGCACCCGCAUCCUACACUGCUUUCAAUUCCCUAAAACAGGAGACGAAUAUCCACUUGUGUUGACUUGACAAAUCCGCUUCACAAAAUGCCAGCCACUCACAAAGAUAAGCU